AUGCAGUGGUCACUUCUCCUCACCCUCGCGCUCACCGCGCAAGAUGCCUCUGCAGGACCCGCAAAUGGCCUCAUGGCACGCCAAUUCGCGCAAGCAGCCAUGAUGCGCUUCCAGUGCUCGCAACUUGUCUACGACCGCAUCGAUCCCCUCGUACAGCCCGGUCUGCUCCCGAGCACACAUAUGCACCAAAUCGUCGGCGGCAACUCCUUUAACGCCACUAUGACAUCGGUUACCUACGACCCAGCGGAGAAGUCAACAUGCACGACCUGUGACUAUGCUGAAGACCUGUCAAACUAUUGGACUGCAAACCUGUACUUCCGCGCCAAGAACGGAACAUACAAGCGGGUUCCUCAGAUGGUGAAUCUCGGGUUGCAAGGCCGCGAGGGCGUGACGGUGUACUACAUCCCGCCCUACGACGGCAAGAGCAAAGUCACUGCUUUCCCCAAGGGAUUCCGUAUGCUCGUCGGCGACGCGGGACUAAGGACAAAAGAAGGUCAGCAGAAGCAGCUGUGUCAUAGGUGCUUUGCGAACAAGAAGCAAGAUCCGUUUGGCGGUGCGCCGUGUACGGGGGAUGAUACGUAUGAUUUGCCGAAGAAGCAGUGUGGAGGCGGUAUUCGCACCACCAUCACAUUCCCUACAUGCUGGGACGGCAAAAACCUCGACUCUCCAAACCACAAAGAGCACGUCGCGUACCCGACAUCGGGCUCUUUCGAAUCUGGCGGUCCCUGUCCGUCCACGCACCCAGUCAAACUUCCCCAACUAAUGUACGAAGUAAUGUGGGACACCACAGUCUUUAACGACAACUCCCUCUGGCCGACCGACGGCUCGCAGCCCUUCGUCUACAGCAUGGGCGACGGCACCGGGUACGGCCAACAUGGUGAUUACGUCUUCGGCUGGAAAGACGGCGUGCUUCAGAAAGCGCUCGAUGCUCGUUGCAGUGGCAACGCGUGCAAGACGCUCAAGACGCAGACAAGUACUGUGAGCACAAAGUGUGCAAAAGCGCAGUCCGUGCAUGAGGAUGCGGAGGGAUGGCUUACUGAGCUGCCUGGUGCACCUGCCGUCACUUUUGGUUGA